UGCAAUAUCAGUGCUGUUGGGUAACUACAAAGAGCAACUUUUACAAAUUCUGUUGCGCGGUGAAUCAUUUUAUUUCUUUCGCUAACUUGGUGCGGUUGGGUUUAAAAUGUGUCCGAAAUUUUGCAUUUUGGUUUUAUCAAUUAUUGUCAUCGUUCAAGCCGAGGAUGCAAAGGAAAAAAAAUGUGACAUUCCUCCAACAGCACCGAAAAAAAUCGAAGAUGUGAUCAACCAGUGUCAGGAUGAAAUUAAAUUGGCCAUUUUAACCGAGGCUUUGGAGGCGCUCAAUAUCAACGAACACACCAAAAGCAGAGCCAAACGUGACACAUUUUCAGACGACGAAAAACGCAUUGCUGGUUGUUUGCUGCAAUGCGUCUAUCGCAAAAUGAAAGCGGUCAACGAAAAAGGCUUCCCGACUGUUGAAGGCCUUGUGGCGUUAUAUUCCGAAGGAGUGACCCAGAAAGAAUAUAUCAUAGCCACCCUCCAAGCCGUCAAUGUUUGUCUCAACAAAGCCCAGAAGAAACACCUCACAAAACCGCAAUCUUUGGAAGCAGAACAUGGAAAGACUUGCGAUAUUGCCUACGACGUGUUCGAUUGUGUUUCGGAGAGAAUUGGGGAAUAUUGUGGACAAACACCGUAGAUUAUUUCGACACAGCAGAGAUCACACAGAAACACUAGUCAAGAGUUUUAAACACAAAUAGGUUUAGUUUUUGUAAUUAUCAUCACAUAACUAUUAAGUUAAUUUAUUAACACAUUCCGUAAUUACAACAAAAACAGUAAAAAUCCUCAAAAUUACCCGAACAAAGCGGAAUAAUUAAGCGAACAAACGUGUGAACUUAUCAGAUUUUAAAAGCUGGUAUGUGGUGUCGCAAUUUUUUAAAUUAUCAUUUGUGUUAGUAAUUAGUGUAGGUUUUGUAUUUUUUUUGUAAAUGCCACCCCGAGAAAGUAAUAAAAUUUAUUAUCAAAAGUGCA